UAGCAAAUAAUCAACUUGUUAUUGUAUCCAAGAUUAAUCUCGCCUUUUUGGUUCUCCUAGAGGACAAUUUAAAUUUUAUAGUUUCUCCAUACACAUCAUUCCAUCCCUGUAUAAAAACCCUCCAAAUUCAACGUUCUUGAUACAUAUACAAAAGCUUUUUUUUCCCUUUCAUUCGCAGCCGGAAAAUGGAGAAGAUGAUCGCACAAUCAAGUGACAAUAUUGCAUUCUCAGGCUUCUCAAUGCAUUCAAAGCAUCUAUCUUUACAUAGGGAUUCUCGUACCAUAUCCAAAUUGAAGCCGAAGAUUCGAAUAAUCCACAUCGUUGCGCCAAAGAUCAUCAAGACCGAUGUUGAAAAUUUUCGCAAUCUUGUUCAAAGACUCACUGGGAAAUCAGCUGAAGGUAAAGGGAUCCACAAGAAGAAGAAAGUUCAUGGAGUCGCAACCAAAGGGAUCGUCAUCAGUAGUAACUCGAAUAGCCGCCCCGCGGCCAAGAUCUGGACGAAUCUUCAACAACAAGAUCCUACUCAUCUUCAACAAGGGUUUCGAUUCUUGCAAAGUAUGGAACGAACCAACAAGGAUCAUCAUCAAACACAAUUUUUGUGUAAAGGAGAGGAAGGAAAUUCAAUUGGAGGAAGCCCUUUCGGUGGAUUCGGCGAAUUGGAUAUAAACUUCGUUCAAGAUGUAAGUCAACAUCAUCAUCAUCAAUUCCCUCUUCAACCUCUCAAUAAGGUAGCUCUACCACAAUUCCAGAAUAUGAUGUGGUGAAAAUAAAAGGAGGCAGGAUUUUGAUAACUAUAUACGUGUAUAAUUGUGUAUGAUCGAUAUAUACUUCAUGUAUAUAAUGUAAUUGGUGUGCAUGUAAAAUGACAUUUCGAAGACUUUGAUUUUUAAAAUUUAUUAGGAAGGGGAGGAAGAUAAUUUUACUUAACUGUAUCGACUUAGAUUAGAAGUUUAUGUUUGGGUGGAUACAUGUAAAUUUUGGUUCAAUAUUGUCAGCUUCAGAAUAUAUACCGGGUUUGAUAUCUGC